AUGUUGCAGCACAAUCCUCACCGACACAUACGACCAUACCCACUGGAAUACACGGGAUCCCGUCCGCUCUCCCCUAGUCAAACCAGUGAGGGCCGAACUAGUACUCAGGUGGGUGACCACUGGGGAAUCCUCGGUGUUGUAUGUUUUUAA